GCCGAGGGAGGGUAGCCGGUCAAGUGCCCCGCGAAGUGACCGCUCGCGAACGAGAAGAAGAGUCGGUGUGCGCUGCUGCCGCCACAGGCUGGCAGGCAAUGCGUGAGCCGUAGGGGCUUGCAGCGCUGUCGGCGAAGCGUCGCGACCGGACGGGGGGUCAUGUCCCCCGUGCAAUACCAGCUGACGAUGGCCGCUCAGCAAAGUCAGCAGCAGCAGCAGCCGGAGCAGCCGGACAGUUCUUCACCCCCUCCGCUUGCCAUGCCGGUCCGUCCGCAGCAGCAGCAGCAGCAGCAACAGCAGCAGCAGCAACUUCUGCAGCAGCAACUUCAACAGCAGCAGCUUCAGCAACUCCAGCAGUUCCAGCAGCAGCAGCAGCAUCAUCAGCAGCAGCAUAACGACGUGUACGGCGAGCGAUGUUGCGAUUCCCCUGCGAGCCCCCCCGAGAGCGAGGCGGCCGAGGGCGCCUGCAGCCCCGAGCCCGACUCAGACCCGGCCACCCUCGACCCCGACGCGGCCGAGGAGCGAUUUCGCGUGGAUCGGAAGAAACUGGAGGCCAUGCUACAAGCUGCUGUGGAAGGGAAAGGAGAAAGCGGAGAGGAAUUCUUCCAAAAGAUAAUGGGAGAAACUAACACUCACAUCACGUGGCCCUCAAAGUUGAAAAUCGGAGCCAAGUCAAAAAAAGAUCCUCACAUCAAAGUCUGCGGCAAGAGAGACAACAUCAGGGACGCCAAGGAGAAGAUAAUGGCAGUGCUCGACACCAAGAGCAACCGGGUGACUCUGAAGAUGGACGUGUCCCACACGGAGCACUCGCACGUCAUCGGCAAAGGUGGCGCCAACAUUCAGCGCGUCAUGGCCAACACGGGCUGUCACAUCCACUUUCCUGACUCCAACCGCGGCAGCCAGGCCGAGAAGAGCAACCAGGUUUCCAUUGCGGGGUUGCCUGGAGGAGUGGAGGAGGCGCGCGCCUUUAUCCGGGAGCUGCUGCCACUGGCGCUGAUGUUCGAGGUGCCUAUGACAGGGUUCCUGCAGCCCGUGUCGGAGGCCAGCUCGCCUGCCGUCGCUCACAUCGCGCAGCGCCACGGCCUCAACGUGGCCUUCAAGCAGCGCGCGCGCCUCUACGGCACUGUGUGCGUGGCGCGCGGGUCCAACGUCAGCACCACCAAGGAGGGUGUGGCGAUGCUCAUCGAGCACCUCACUGGCAGCCCUGGAGCCACUUUCCCUGUGAGCUCCCAGCUGGACGUCGCCCCGCAGCACCACCAGUUCAUGAUGGGACGUAAUGGCCUCAACGUCAAGCGCAUCGUGCACCGGACUGGUGCGCAGAUCCAGUUCCCGGAGCCCGGUGGCCCGCACAAGGCCAUACACAUCCACGGCAACAUGGAGGCCGUGUGCCUGGCCCGAACGUGCCUGCUGGGCUGCCUGCCGCUGGUGCUCAUGUUCGACAUGAAGGAGGACGCGGAGAUCUCGCCGCACAACAUGGCGCAGCUGAUGGAGCACCUUGACGUCUUCAUCAGCAUCAAACCCAAGCCCAAGCAACCGAGCAAGUCGGUGAUUGUGAAGAGCAUGGAGCGGAAUGCGGGCAACGUCUAUGAGGCUCGGCGUCUGCUGCUAGGCCUGGAGAACAGCGGCAUCCCCGUCCCGGCCAAUGGCCUUCUCAACCCCAAGAUGAGCUGCCCGGUCUCCCUGGCAACGAAUGCAACGUACCCACUGCAGGCCUCAGGCCUGGACAUCCUCGCCUCAGCUGGACUGGGGCUGUCCACUAUUGAGAGCUGGCUAUGCGCAAGCACCACGGCCGCCUGCACACAGCAGCCUCCCGUUCUCAAGAGCUGUGCCGAAGCUGCCCCCAUGCUGAGCCCUGGGGCCCUGAGUGUGGCCACCAACAGCGCCCUGCUCAACAUUCUCAACGCCCAGCUGAGCCCAGUGGUGACCCAGGGGUCCGGCCCCCCGCAGAGCACCCCCAUGUGGACCGUGUCACCCCCAGGGUUUCCCGCACUGCCCCCCGUGGUGCUGUCGCCAGCCACGCAGGCGGCGCUCACCGGCAUGCUGCUGGGGGGCGGCAUGACCAGCUACGGGACACCGUCGCAUCGCAUGCCCUCUCCGCCUCCGGGCCUGAGCCCCCCGACGCCGCACGCCCUCCACCAUCACCACCACCACCACCAGGCAGCGCUGGCUUCCGUGCAGGCGGCUGCCAGUGGCUCGGCAGCCACGCGUGGCGCCGGCGAACUCGUGGGCUUUAACUCGCCGUCCGGGGCAGCGUCGGCGCAGGGCAUGCCCGCAACGCAGCAAGGCGUCGGAGGCGCACGGACGUUCAGGGCAGUGGCGGAACAAGGGGGGGCGGCGACGAGCCUCGGUCUCUCCACUCGGCCGUCUCAGUCCAUGGCCGUGGGCCUGGCUCACGGCGAAAGCGGCGGCGUGACAAACUGCAGGAUGGCUCACGCGAAAUCGCACGGGGACACGGGAGACGGCGGCGGGCAGGGGCCCGCGAAGCUCACGCCGAACACCUCUCUCAAUGGCCACGUCAAGCAGCCGUCCGAGAGAGCGGCGGGUUGUCAGAAGCGGGAGUGUGUCGUGCUGUCUGGCUCACGAGGCCAGCUGUCUCCCAAAUCCAACACCCGACGAGAGCCGGAGGAGGCGUACGUGGAGGUGGGGAUGCCGCGCAGUCCGUCCCACUCGGCCAGCAGCCACGAGCUGCAGCAGAGCCUCUCCCGGGCUCGUGUGCUGCACCAGCAGCAUCAGCAGCAGCAGCAACAGCAGCACAUGCAAGCACAUGCGCAGGCUCAAGAGCGGCGACUGUCCGGCACAGAGGGCGAUCACAGGGAUCUGCACACGGACAAGAGAGCGCCAGGCAGCGAAUGGGCGGCGGAGAGAUCAUGCGCCGACGGCUUCAGGCUGGCUCCGCACUCCCCCUACACGUCUGCUGUUGAGGCCGCUGACUACGAACAGAAAAAGCUAAUGGCAACAAAAGCCAUGCAGAAGAAGCCGGUGGUGACGGAGGUGCGGACGCCCACGAGCCAGUGGAGUGGCCUCGGCUUCUCCAAGUCCAUGCCAGCCGAGACCAUCAAGGAGCUGCGGCGGCCGAACCACGGGUCCUUCAAGCCGAGCAUGCCCACCACCUUCGAGGGAGAUGCGUUGUCGGAGUCCGGGAGCGAAUCGGAGAACUGGCGGGAGCGGAACGGCCACGACUCCUCAUCAGGGACGGAGUUCCCCACGAGCGGCAGCAGCCCUAAGCGCAAGGCUAGCGUCAAGUCGUAUGAGCACUACCUGAGCAGCAGUGGCUACAUGGAGAGCAUGCCGCGAACUCCCGCGGGCAUAGCUGGCGCUGGCUGCUCCCUGGGUUCGGCCAUCAAGGGGAGCGGCGGCAGCAGCAGCAGCAGCAGCAGCUCCGACCUUCCCGAGCUCUUUAGCAAACUGGGCCUGGGCAAGUACACCGACAUAUUCCAGCAGCAGGAGAUCGACCUGCAGACAUUCCUGUCGCUGACCGACCAGGACCUCAAGGAGUUGGGCAUCAGCACGUUCGGCGCUCGACGCAAGAUGCUCCUCGCCAUUUCCGACCUGAACAAGAGCCGCAGGAAGCUCUUUGACUCCCCGCUUCGCUCCGCCUUCCUGGAGGGUGGUGCCAGCGGACGGUUACCACGACACCACGGCGAGAUGGCCAGUCAGAGUGGCCGGUGGUGACGGGAGCAUUACUGCGGUCACUCUGCAAACCAGCACCGUUGUUACUGGGAGAUCAACGAAGCUUAACCUGUGCAAGAUUUAUUUAACGCUGUUAAUGACCAACAAAGGACAAGGGGAAAGUCACACACUGAAUGUUAAGAUAUUUUAGCUCACGCCUGGCUGUUUUUUGGUGCGCGCACGCGCGCGCGUGUGUGUGUGUGUAAAAAAUACUGCGUAACCCACGGUGUUACGAUAAUACACUUAGUCUGAAAAAAAUGUAAGUAUCGCAACAGUGUUUUGGAUAGGUUGUGACAGAUAUAUAUGUGUGAAGAUGUUUAAUACGGCUGGUGAUGUUUUAGCAUAAAUGUAUCUAAUGUCUUGUUUUCUUUAUCCGUCGAAAGGUUAAGCUGCAUUAGGUACUACGAGUGAAUGUCUAUGCACAAGGGAUUAAACGGAGUGCCUUGUUUUGUUUCAUCAACACUGUAUGAGGACCAAAGUUAAAGACCAACAUUGUCAAGCAAAGGGGUAGAUUAGUGCUAAAUCGUUGUAAAAUAAUGAACAUGCACUAUGUCCAGUCACUGGAAUGUUUUUAUGAGAUUUUUUUUACACUAAAAUGUGUGAAGUUAAAACAUACCGUUAUUUUGUGUUGUUCUUGUAAAUUACAUCAGAGUACAACCAAUCCAAAGGGGUUAAUUCUCCCCAUAACUAAGGAACGCUGCUCUUUGGACAAAUACCAUAUUAUCGAGGGCCACACAUCACUCCUCCCCCACUCCCCAUCCACCAUCUGCCAAUGGCAAUGCAAAUUACCGGUUAGUAGAGACAAAGGCAGAAUUCUCUGACUACAGUUCAUUGCUGAAGGGCCUCUGCCACAUAUUUUCUGGACAUGACCUUGUGGUUUCUUGGGUACAUUCCUUGUGAUAAGCUCAUGCCAGCUGGGUUCUGGACCAAAAACGUGACCUCACAAUUUAUAUGAGAACCACUCAUCACGGGCUGCAGUCUUAACUAAGGCUGACAUUUUCACGCGAAUCGGCAAGCACUUUAACAGAGUAGAGACUGCCAAAUACAUUGCUACGGCCGCCUCUAAUCUUAACAUCAGAGGAGAUUGUUGGACAGCUGGUUGUCUCCUUUGACCUGCUUGGUUGAAUUGUUUUUGUGCAAUUUUUAAGUGGGGAUUUUUUUUUAUGGAAUUGGAUGAUGAUAAUAACAAGCCCACCAAUGAAGGGAUCACGCUAGAAAGUAAAAUAUAUAUGCACGUUUACAAGCAGCAAACCAAUGUUGUUCAAAGAGCACCUGAAAGCAUAGUUAAUAUACGAUACAAUACCGGGCAGCAUUUCCCAUAUAUGUGUAAUCCCAUUUUCACGAUCAUGUGUCAGUGUGCAGGAAUGUUAAUGUGCUAGUAAAGCAGAUGCUUUAUUUCUCAUUGGAGGAAUUAGCUUAACAUGAUAUGUGACGACGUGACAUUAUCACUAACGGGACCAGCGUGCCAAUUGGAAUGUUAAUAUAUAAUCAACGCAAUUCAGCGGGGCAUUCAUAAAAAAAGCACGAGACGGUAAUUAAUUAUUCAUUUUAAGAGAACAAUUUACCCACCAACACUAGCCAUUAAAAAAAAACCGUAGUUCACAAUUUUGGCUGACUGGCUAUCAUCUGUGAUGUUGUGCGAGAUGUACGGCAUGGGUUGCGCAUGAAGGGAGGGUGUUCGCGGUCUUGGCAAGUGCUCGCAAGGUCACUCAAACCCUGUCCGUGUGGUGACCGUUAACCGGAGCGUCUGUCGGUGAAACACUGGCACGUGACAGCUUUAGGGUUCACACGUAUUGUUUUCUUAUUAUUAUUGCUACUAUGCUUGUCUACCCAGGAAAGCCUCACUGAAUCUGAAAACUUUUAACCAAGCAAUAGUAGCCGCAAGGAGAAGUGUCAUGCACACCACACGCACGCACACACACACGAAUGUAUGCAGCAGCUGAUGCUGUUCGCCAAGUGGCGGUAACGUCACCAUUAUGUUGGUGCCAGGCUAGGUACCCUUUUAGGCCACGAGAAUAUAGGCAUGGACGCGAGAGCGCACACGCAAUUUAUUUCCAGAAGAAGGCCCAUUGAAAUCUCCAUGGCUUCUCUACGAACUGUUAUUGGGUCUACUCCCUUGCGUAACGUCAUCGAAGCAGCACGUUGUUAAUGCUAUAUAUCAGCGGUCGGGAACCUAUGGCUCGCGAGCCAUAUAUGGCUCUUCCGGUGACGGCAUAUAAAAUCAGUUUGGGACUGAUUUUAAAAUAAUUGUGAUAUUGCUUAAUAAUACUGUGUCAUUUUAAAGUAAACAGAAAUUAGUUUUGAAGAUAAAAUUUCUCGGGUCACGGGUCCCGUGACCAAAAGUCGCAUUAAAAGUAAGACAUAUUUAAUUUAUUAUACGUUAAAAAUACUAUAUGGCUCUCAAUGAAAUAUAUUUAGAAAUAUUUGGCUUUUAUGGCUCUCCCAGUCAAAAAGGUUCCCGACCCCUGCUAUAUAUUAACACGCAUUCACUGUAACCAGUCGAAGACGCCCCUCCCCUGCCCGCUGCUUAGCCUUAUUGUCUAUAGGGGGAACGUGUUGUUAACAAGUACCUCUUAAUGCUAGCACAGCACACAAGAGCAUUGUGUGGACAGCACCACGCCGGACUGCCUCUUCCUCCCCGAUGCUGACACGUCACACCAUACGUGAAGCUGAAUCGGUGCAGGGGAGGCCUCAGACAGGUUCAGACCCCAUGUGUCACCGAUGUUAGCUUUGGUCUGGAAUCGAAUCAAGUUUUCUGGAAUUGUAGCCCAGUGCACGACACUACUACAUCACAGAUCCCCACGUGACGUCACUUCGGUGCUUGUGCCAGGCUACGUGCCGUAAGAGACCAUGUGAUGUAUCACAUAUCAAUUCACCAAACCAUUACAUUGUGAAACAUCAUGACUGCCAGGCCAAUAAAUUGUGAUGCCACACACUGCUCAAACACCCAAUUUGCAGACCGCUCCACAGAGGGUUAGGCAAUGUGCGUGGCCUCACUGUAACGUGGACUUGCAAGCAUUGAGCAGCACCACUCUCAACGAGCACUGCAUUAAUGCAAUUGCACGUUUAGCUUGCGUUAAAUGCGGCAGGAUGUUACUGCGGAGGUUUUCGUGGUCGUGCUCCUGUUUAGCUCCCCGUUGCUCCACGUGUUGGGAACGAUGUCCGACGUUUCGCUCCCACGUGCUGGGAGCAUCUUUCAGGAACUGAAUGGGGUGGCUCACUUUCAUCUGCUCACUUUCUCGGUCGAUUACGACAGCGCUCAUAUAAUCACAGGGAGAACGUGAGCCACUCCGUUCGGUUGCUGAAGAUGCUCCCAGAACGUGGUGCGAAACAUCGGACAUCGUGCCAUAACAACACGGGGUACAAUCCGAACAUGCAUCAGAGAGCUACACCACAAUUAUAUUUACGAUCCGCAAACACAAUACUCGUUCAUUUAUACAAGUGUUUAUUAGGUAGGGCUUUCUCCCAGUGGGGAGCGGUAUUGUAGCGGUUAGCAUGCUGCGCUACAAACCCGAUAAUCUGAACCAGUCCUGGGCCUCCCCUAGGUCGACUCAGCCUCAAAUUAGUACUUAUUGGGUUGUGUAAACAUCACGACUGGGGAGACAAAGGCGGCCGGGCGUGGUGCUGGCCACCCACCCCCUCCUGUGCCUUCAUAGGUGCUCAGUAACGUAACUUGCCCCAACAAUCUGUUAAGGCUACACGGGGGAUCUUUGCCUCCCAGUAAGCAUAGAACAUUGGACCAAAGUUGGUUCAACGGUUCCCAACACAUGCAUGUUUACUGGGCUUAGUGUGUGAGUGGAGCUUGCUUCGUCAAAAGAAAUAACGUGUAAUGGGAUAAUAAAUGAAUGUUUUUUUAAUGAUGCAGUUUUAAAUAGGCAUUUUAAAUAGGUUGUUUAUAAAUCAUUACAUUUUUUUCCCCUCAAACAACCACAGAUGUAUUUAUACGAUUUUAAGAGCAUUUCAUUUUUCUUAUAACCAACUCUAUAUUCUUCACCCAUAUUUUAGUGGACAUUACUAAUAACAACUGUUAUGAGAUUUGUUUAGACGACUAACACACGGAGCUCACGUUCUCUCCAACGGCGUGCAGUACAGUGGCACACGUCCCACGAGUUUCAUGGCAUAAGGCUGGAUACCCGUCACGGUUGAAUGUUCUCAUUCAACAGCUCUGAAAGAAGAUGGCAAGCCCCGAGCGUCAUCAGCCAGUGGCUUGAUCGUUCCCUAUCCGGCAGCUUUCCAGUACGCACACACGCGUGAACUAGACCACUGCUGGAGCAUGUUACCUAUGAAGGUGUGUAGGUUGGUGUGUCUGCGGGACAUGACAACGUCGCGGUGGGCUUUGUGUUAAUCAACGCACAUUCCUGACAGUGCACACGAUAAUGUAAAUCAAUAUUGGUUCUCAACAAUAUUCGUUCCACCUCAGACAGUAGCAAAUAUUCAUAAUAGGGUUUUGGGUCAGAUCGCGUUAUUUAUAAAUGUGUCGUAACCCUCCACCACCCGAUACGGCCAAACAGUAAAAAAAUGUGUCACGUUUUCAAAGGACAAAUUAAUUGACUUCUUUAGCCCACCGGUGUGC